AUGGAUCAUCUGCUGUCAUUUACCGGCUCCAAAUCAGGAGUUGUAGCUGCUGCAGGCAUUAUUGUUCAUCUCAUUUAUCGACAAUUGGAGCCACGCCAAUUUUCUGUUGCAUUAGUCCUUAAUUUUGGAGUCCCGUUGGCGCUCUCUGUAUGGGAACCCUAUCAUAAAAGCUUUGUAUUGGAGGCUUUGAGAGUUUUCCCCCUAUUCUGGUUCACAUUAGUGGCAUCUAUUAUCGCAUAUCGUCUUUCUCCAUGGCACCCACUGGCUAAAUACCCAGGCCCACUCCUAGGAAAGGUCUCCAAGUUUUACAUCGCAUUUCGGUCUUUGGGAGGUAAACAGCACAUAUACCUUGACACGUUACACGGUCUAUACGGUAGCGUUGUAAGAAUUGGGCCAAACCAAUUGUCGAUAUGUGAUGUAGAUGCUGUGAACCCAUUACUAAGUAAUCCAGGAGUACCCAAGAGCCAAUUCUUCGAAGGGCGAAUGGCUGUUGUUGAUUCGGUGACUUCACUCAUUGCCACUAAAGACAAAUCCGAGCAUGCGCGUAGACGCCGGCCAUGGGCGAGAGCUUUCAAGGCUGACUCGCUUAAGGGAUACGAGGAUAUGGUCAUCAAAAGGUCGGCACAGCUGGUGGAUUUGUUAGACAGUUCGAAAGGCGUUGUAAACAUUUCCCAGUGCUUGUCUUACUUUGCAUAUGAUAUUAUGAAUGACUUGGCGUUUGGAGGUGGGUCGGAAAUGAUGGCUCAAGGGGAUGUCACUGGACUUUGGCACUUGAUGGAAGCUGGUCAAGAGAACGCUAUGUUUAUGAGCCAUGUUCCCUGGUUGGGAAAGUGGCUACUCCAAUAUCCUCAGCUAUUUGCAAAGGAUAUCCAAGCAUUCAGUACAUAUGCUCGAUCACGGGUAGCGGCAAGAAAGGCUGAAGGAUCUUCCUACAAAGACAUAUUCUAUCAUUUGAUUGAUGAAGGCGGCGUAUCGAAUGAGCCCCCAACAGCUGCAGAAAUUGCUAGUGAUGGCGGUCUCGCUAUUGUUGCUGGAUCUGAUACAACAUCUACUGCCUUGAGCCACCUGUUUUACUUUUUGAUGCUCAAUCCAACGGCAUAUAGGCGCUUACAGGCGGAGGUCGACACCUUGGCCGAUGAUAUUCAGAAUACCAGCAAGCAGGCACAUAUGUCAUACCUUAACGGUGCCAUAAACGAGACAUUACGGCUUUUACCGCCGGUACUCGGAGGUUCCCAACGUGAAACGGCAACUGGGAGUGGGGGAAGUAUGAUCGGAUCAUACUUUCUUCCGGAGGGUACUACCGCAUCUAUUGCAACUUACAGUCUGCAUCGCAGUCCUCGCUAUUUUGCUCCAGAAACUGAAGCAUUCCAUCCUGAGCGAUGGCUUCCUGAAGAAGACCGGGUUAAACUGGAACCCAAGAUAUUCGGCAACCCAGACAACUUCAUCCAUGACACGAACGCAUUUAUCCCCUUCUCACACGGGGCAGCCAACUGCGCCGGAAAAAACCUGGCGUACAUGGAGAUGCGCAUGGUCGUGUGCAUGAUAAUGCAGCGGUUUGAUAUUGAACUUGCAAAGGGGUAUAAUCCAGCUCAAUGGUUGGACGACAUCAAGGACUACUAUGUCAGUGUCAAGGGCGCUCUUCCUGUCGUGCUCACACCACGUAAUUUGUCCAUGUAG